UUAGAUGUGACCUAGGAUUUACAUCCACUACCUUCUCUCCUCUCUCGGUGCCUGAUUAAAUUGUGCCCUAGCUACGUACCUACAACAAUAUACUAAGAAAGAAUUCAAGCACUUCAAAAUCUAAACACAUCAUCCUCUUCUAGCUAGCUAGCUGUCCCUCAAACUUUAUCAAUUUUGCCAAAUUAUGUCAAAAGCAAAAUAGCUUCUUCACCAUUGUGAUUCAAAAGAUUAUAGAAUUGAUUAAGAGUUUUAAUUCAGAUACUAGCUUGCAAUACUUUUUACACUUUUGCAAACAAGUUCACUUCCUCCUUCAAGAAUGAAACCACCUCAUACUUUUCGAAAAGACAGGCAUAGCAAGAUUUUGACAGCUCAAGGUCCGAGAGAUCGAAGAGUUCGAUUGUCGAUCCAGGUAGCUCGUAGGUUCUUUGAUCUUCACGAUACUCUAAGAUUCGACAAAGCUAGUGAAACUCUUGGCUGGCUCCUCACCAACUCACAGCCAGCCAUCGAUGAUCUAGUCAAGAAUAAGCGAAGUUCCUGCGCCGCAGUCGACGAAGGAUGCUCUAGAUCUGAUACUACUGAAGCUGCUGAAAUGAGAGACAAACACUACAUGAAGAACACUACAAGCAUAGAUAAUACUCAAGACCAGAGGGUGUCAAUGCAGCUUGAAGAAAAGGCUAAACUGGCUUCUCUUCUAGCAAGAGAGUCAAGGGCCAAGGCAAGAGCUAGGGCAAGGGAACGUACAAGACAAAAGAUGUGUGUAAGACAUCUCUUGGGAACAAAUAAGUUGCUUCCUCAUGAUUUCAGAAUUGCAGCUAACCAUUUAAGCACUUGGAAUGAAUUGAGCUACCUUCACAAUAUUAGCUGCAGGGCGCCCUACUUCAGUGUUGGAACAGAUCAAGUAGGUCAAAGUAGGAAUCCGGAAUUACUCUCGGAAACAAAUACGCAAACCGCUGUCAGAUCGUUUGAAGCCUACGACAAGAAGUUCGAUACUCCACAAGUUAAAUAAAUUGCUAUGGAAGAUGAGAGCAGCAAAUAUCUAAGCGACGUGAGUGUGCUAUAUAUAUCGCCAGUCCUCACUUACUUUAUUGUGUCUUAUAACUUUAAAUUUAAUACAAUGGGGUUGUAUAUAUAUAUCUUGAAGUUGUUCUAUCCGGGCCAAGUACAU